AUGUCCUGCUCCGAGGUUGACCAUACGUUCGAUGUCCCAUCUCGUAGACGAGCGUUAGAUAUCCUUCAGUCCGAGAAGAAGAUCUAUCACUAUCAACUAUUUUCGGGCGUUGAGCACGGGUUCGCUUUACGCGGUGAUCCCAAGGACCCGUACCAACGAUGGGUGAAGGAGCAGAGCCUGGCUGAGAUUGUGAGUUGGUUCAACUAUUGGUUGUCCUGUCCACCAUCCACAACGUCAUAA